AUGGUUGGUGCUUGCCACUUGGUUCAAUCAACGUCCUUACUAAGGAACCCUGGAGAGGAGAACCCUUUAGAGGAGAACCCUGUAGAGGAGAACCCUUUAGAGGAGAACCCUAUAGAGGAGAACCCUUUAGAGGAGAACCCUGUAGAGGAGAACCCUUUAGAGGAGAACCCUGUAGAGGAGAGCCCUUUAGAGGAGAACCCUUUAGAGGAGAACCCUUUAGAGGAGAACCCUAUAGAGGAGAACCCUUUAGAGGAGAACCCUUUAGAGGAGAACCCUAUAGAGGAGAACCCUAUAGAGGAGAACCCUUUAGAGGAGAACCCUAUAGAGGAGAACCCUUUAGAGGAGAACCCUUUAGAGGAGAACCCUAUAGAGGAGAACCCUAUAGAGGAGAACCCUAUAGAGGAGAACCCUGUAGAGGAGAACCCUAUAGAGGAGAACCCUAUAGAGGAGAACCCUGUAGAGGAGAACCCUUUAGAGGAGAACCCUUUAGAGGAGAACCCUUUAGAGGAGAACCCUUUAGAGGAGAACCCUAUAGAGGAGAACCCUAUAGAGGAGAACCCUUUAGAGGAGAACCCUCGCGCUGAGAGCCAGCAGCACAGACGCCAAACAAAGCUGCCCCCCACCUCCCCAUCUCAUCCGGCCCCUCGCCCCGCCCACACCCAGGGCCCCCCCCAGCCCCCCCUCGCCCCCACCCUGCCCCCUACCCUGCCCCCUAUCCUAGCCCCCGCCCCCUAG